CUUGCCAAGGGCUGUUCUGUGCACGCCCUGAGGACUGCAAACAAUAGGAAGGCUCCAGCUGGUAGAUGUGGCAGGAUGGACUGCGCUCCGCUUUAUGGGGGGUUAUCUAGCUUUAGGAAUGUAAAUAGCCCAUUUGACCAUGGUGGUCCCUGAAAGUUCCCCUGGCAUUCAGCAUGACUGCAUGAGAGUGGCAAGCAACAGUAUCAUGGACGGAGAAACCGAAACAGACGCAAGCUCUGACCUAACAGAAGUCCGCAAACUGCACGAGUUGGUCAGAAGACUGGAGAUUCAGAACCAGCAGUUACGGGUAAAGAAGAACUCGCAGGGCACAAGUAAUGAGCCCGGCAUGGAUACCUACCUCUCUACUCUCCAAGCCUCGGGAGUCAUGAACAGCAUGAACAUUCAGCCUGAGGUGGGAGAUCUGGAGAUCAUCCCCGACCUCCAUAGCAAACUGGAUCAGAUUCACUCUGAGAAGGAGAACAUUCCCCGUCUGCGGGUGGAGAAGUUGUCUUCCGACUCCAAUGCCUACAGUAAGGAAGAGAGUCACUGUGACACAGACGACAGUGCCUUCUUCAGCCUGGACGUCAGUGGGAGGACAGAUGAAGGGAUGUGCAAGAUGUCUGAAAGAAGCUCCAGUGGAGAUCUAGGGGUUAUCUUGGAUGAAACUGCACUUGAUGACGUUGAGGUCCUGGAGUUGGGCUCCUGCAGUGAGGAUGAGGAGGAUUGUUGGCUUUACGUGUCACCAAAGAAGCUGGAAAUUGCGGAGCAGAAGCCCGAUUCCCCCUUAAAAUGGUGCAGACAAGUGUUGGAUCAUCACAGCCCAGAGACAGAAGCCGCCUGCCGAACUUUAAUGGGAAAGCUUGAUCAAGCCGGUAGAUGGAAAAGCCUGUACUGCAGCCCGCUGGCAUCGCCAAGUGCAUAUAGCGCCAACAAUGAGACCAGCUGUUGUAGCAAUACACUAAACUCACCGGGGUGCCUCAAAUCCACUAACAAACCACUACUAACCUGUGGCAGCUCAGGCUACACGAGCGUUCCUUCUGCCCUCAGCUCCCAGUCCUCCGUGGACAGUGAAUUAAGCACCUCUGACGACUCCAUAUCUAUGGGAUACAAGCUCCAGGAUCUGACCGAUGUUCAGGUCAUGGCCAGACUUCAGGAGGAAAGUCUCCGGCAGGACUAUGCUUCCAGCUCUGCCUCGGUUUCCCGACGCAGUUCUAGUGCCUCCCUCAACUCUUUCAGAAGAGGGACCUUCAGCGACCAGGAGUUUGACACCUACAGCCUGGAGGACGACGAGGACUGUGACUGUUCUCUGUCCUAUCGAAGUGCUAACCGCUAUUCACCGUCCCCUCUCAGUUCUCCCCGGUGCCAGUCACCUUCCGCCACAGGGGAAAGCAGCAAAUCCUCCAUUUCCCGCCUUCGUCCACCCCGCAGAUCUAUGCAGAAUCAAGCGCAAGACCGGAUGAAAUACCCAGGUUUUGAAGAUGACCUGAGACACAGCAUGCCCAACCUUGCAAAAACGAGUCUACGCUCCUUGGAAGCUGUGAGAAGCAGCCGCAGUUUGGAGUCUGAUCUCCAGGGGCCAAGUGGCCGGUUAACCAGGAUUCAGCCGCCCGCAGGCAAUACCCCUCCGAGUAAGCUGCGCUACAGUUCCAGCUCCAGCCAUCCAGCAGGUGCCCGCCCGCCCGUCAAAGCAAGUUUAAGCACAAGCUCCCUCAUGAACUCAAGGCAGCCAGUAAAAUCAUCCGGUUACAAUGGGUCAAGUGGUGUCCGUAAGAUGUCUUCACCUGGUUUAGCUCCGGUGGUUCCUGGGGUUUCAAGAACCAGUAAUCUUUCUCCAUCUGUGAAACACUCGGGUGUCAAAUCUCAGUUGUCUUCAGGAAACUCCACUCCUAAAAGCAAGAUGGUGCAGCCUUCCAAGAGAUCCCUUAAUUCCUCAAGGACAAAUCCUCCAGACGAUGACUCGUGGAAAGAAGGAUGCUAUUAAAUCACCCCAAAGAUGAGGCUUUUUUUUUUUUUUUUUUUUUUCAUUUCCUGUCCUGACAAGUCCAGCGGGCUGGACUUCAAUAUUUUAGAGGGGGGAAUAAAAAGGAGACCCUUACCUGUUUGCCGGAUAUGAAGACCGAUUUUGUCUUCACCGUAGUUUACGUUUUAGGUUUUCAGACUUUGCAUAAAAAAAAGAUUGGGCUGUUUCCGUGUUUGUUGCUUGUUGUAGCAGAUGAAUCCGUUUCACCCCAACACUGAGCCAUUGGUUUUGGAAGGACAAAAAUAAAAGCUAGACUUGUUGGACAUUUUUGCACUAUUGCUAUUGAGGUUUCACCUAUACAGGUUGAAGGCAGACAUUUUGAAGAGGAAAAACUUUUUGGAUUUUUUUACCUCCCAACCUUUGAGUUGAUCUGUACAGUUGUGAUCUACAACCUCCUGACUCUCCAGCUAUUGUAAAACUAUAAAUCCCAGCAUGCCCUGACAGCCUGUGGGGAGUUGUAGUAGUUUUGCAGCCUCUAGAGGGCCACAGCUGAGACUACUGCUGUACAGCGCUGCCAUCACUAUACUCCCCACAGAAUACUCAGGCUUGAGAUGAGCACUAUGGUAGUGGGGUUGAAUAUGGCUCCCACCUAAGUCUGGCCAUACACAUUAGAUAUCUGUUGCAGAGGGCUAUCUCUCCCGAUCCUCCCAUACAUAUGCAUGCUCAGACAAGAAUUAGCAGAGGGGAGAAAGCCGAUGCUGGAUCUGGCUUGAAUCUGACAUGCCCGAUCUGGGAGGCCACCGUACACAUUAAAUAGUGUGUUGAAAUCAUUGUGUUUGAUACACAACUAAUGUGUAUGGCUAGCUUAAAGGGGUUUUCCACCUAUCGGGCUAGGCCCUCCCACAUUGGCAGACCUGUGGAGGGAACCAUACCUACCUGCUCCCCACUGCAGGGUUUUGGCAUAUUCAGUCCCCCUAUGCCAUGCUGUGGUCCCGCUUGUCAACAUCUGGUUUGAUGGGGGUCUCGUGUGCCACUGCAGUUAAUUACUGGUCACGGCGCUGAUGCGUCACGUGAACUAUUGAUGUAAAGCAUGGGGGACACAUCAUCACUGCGGACAGUAAUUGGCUGCAGUAGGACGCUUGACCUCUGUCACCCCAGGUAUUCACACGUUAGACCAGAAUGUGGAAGUGGGAGACCAAAGGAGCAGGAAGCAAGUAAGUAUGCUUUCCUCCACAGGUCUGGUGACGGGGGUCUGGCUGAAAGGCCUCCGAAGGUGGACAACCCUGGGCUAAUUGCAUAUCUGGACCAAUGUACAGCACCCCCCAAAUAUCACUUUUGUGGGGGGAGUGUAGGUCCCAUAUUGAGCUUUUGGCCCGUGACUGACUUUGGUAGACAUAUGGGUUUGGGUCCUUGAAGGAUGAGGCUGAUAAAUUUCCUGGGAAUCUGUCAUUUCCACCAUGUUCAUGCUCAUUACUGGAUUCAGCCUCCACCUUAUUGAAGGAGUUGUGACAGGUUUAGAGAUUAUCACCUACCCGCAGGAAAGGAGGUCGUUGGGACCCCCACCGAUGGUGAGAAUGGAGGUCUUGUUCCAUGGUUAAGCAUGCGCCGUUCAUUCUCUGUGGGGCCACUGGAAAUAGCUGAGCGCUGUACUCGGCUAUUUCCAGCAGUCCCAUGCCUGAGCUGCAGCUCCAUCAUAUCGGGGGAACAGGAUUCCCAUUCCCAGGAUCAGUGAGGUCCCAGCAGUUGGAUGCCAAGCGAUCAGUUAUCCCCUUUUCUAUGGAUAAAGGAUAACUUCUAAACUUUGCAAAAGCCAUUCAAAGCAGUUGUCCAGCCCCUCACCUGCAAGCCUCGACAUUAAUUAGAACACGCUUGAUGCUUGCUGGGCAUCAGACCUUUGAAUUCCGACCUCGGCCACAAAAUGUCAGCCUUCAACGUGUGAAGACAUGGAGCACACUGUCAGUUUCUGAAGAUCAUGUUGGGAACAAAUGUAACGUAGAUGGUCUUAACAUUUUAUAGUUUUCUGUUAUUUGCCAUUCACAGAACAUUUUUGUAUUUUUUUUUUUUUUCUACUUAAAGCAGAGACUGUUUUUCAUCUGCAAGUUUUUAAAGUCGUUGCAGUUUAAUGUGUGAAUAUAUGUAUAUACAUAGGUCUAUUCCCAUAUGAAGAAGUCACAGGAGCAGCAGUCCCUCGCCACAAGGACUGCAGCACUCAAAAAUGACGACUGUGCACAAUAUUUGUGUGGUUGUAUAAAGUGGAUUUAGUUGCGUUGUGUAGAAGAGAAUAUGUUUUGUGGAACGUCACCUUUCGAUUUCCUGCUUGACAACCUCUAAGU